ACCGGAACCGAAGGUAGUUAGGCUGCCAAUCAUUAUUGCGAUACAUCCAGUAGAGUGCAAGGUAUCCACUGUGGAAACGUGGAGCGAGUUACGUUGACGCUGACACAGCGAUGAUCGCGUAAUUGGAAUCACGUUGACGAUCACGUUCACACUCAGAGAUCGCGAGCUCUUCGAGAGAGGCGCGCGAGAAUGUCGCGUACAAGAGGUGAGAAAACCGGCAACGGCGGCAAAUGCGAGGUUAGCGUGUGGACACGUGCAAUCACAGCCAACUCCGAAUGGCCGGACAAGGAAGAAUUUCUUGAUGUAAUAUAUUGGGCAAGACAGGCGAUUGGUAUCAUCGUCGGUAUAGGAUGGGGCCUUAUACCUUUGAAAGGUUUUUUAGCUUUAUUGUUAUUUGUAUUAGUCAAUGCGGGAAUUACGUAUUUAUACUUUAGCAGUUUCCAACAAAUCGACGAGGAAGAAUUCGGCGGCGUGUGGGAACUGACGAAGGAGGGCUUUAUGACCUCCUUCGCCGGCUUUCUGGUGAGGAAUCAGAGUGCAAGAGAAUUUAUAUUCCCAUUAGUAGGCGCAUAGUGAUGUGUAUUAUAUAUCGUUGUCUGUGUCGAUAGGUGACUUGGAUCAUUAUAUAUUCCGGACUGCAUUUCGACUGAUUUACACCAACACAAUCUACGUGUACAAGGAGCAAUAGCUUUGUCAUCACAGAUCGUCGCCGCUGCCAAAUUCGUUAUAUACGUAUGCAAUAGUCAUCGCCAAGAUUGGGAAGUAACUCGUUGCUUGUAAUGCCGUUACCGUUACUUUUCCUCAACAAUGACCUGACACCGUCAUUGCUCCUUACACUGGUAACGAUAAUGGUAACGUGAUUACAUUUCUCGGGCAACGAAUCGUUACUUCUUGCACACGUAAACCAUUAAUGUAUACUAUAACAUCAGUUGGUGUAUAUAGGAAGGGCGGCAACGAAUCGUAAAAGUAUGUUUUCAAAAUUUGGUGAAAAAGAAGUAAUGAAAAUUGUAAAUUUACCUGCUAAACGAGGAUGAACAUACUGAGUAGCAAGACGGUAACAAGUCACUCUUUUUUUCUUUUUUUCUCAACAAAUAACAAGUAACGGUAACGAGUUACUCUUGAAAAGCGCAGCUCUCCCAAUUCUGGUAAUUCCCUUGCAUUAUUCGUUAUCUUAUUAUACCGUUACGUAUUGUUACAUACACGUAUGGUUUUAUUGUAUAAAAAAUCUUCUUACCUUCUCAAAAAUGA